AUGCAGGGUUGGCUUCCCAAUGGCCAAGAAGUUGCUGUGAAAAUGUUGUCCAGGCAUUCUAGGCAAGGAGAUUUAGAAUUUAAGACCGAAGUGAUGUUAGUAGCAAAACUUCACCAUCGAAAUUUAGUAAGAUUACUUGGUUUCUGUUUAGAAAAAACAGAAAGACUACUCGUCUAUGAAUUUCUUGCCAAUAAAAGUCUUGAUUUCUUUUUAUUCGAUCCAAAUCAGCAAGCUUUUUUGAAUUGGAUAGUACGAUACAAGAUUAUAAGGGGCAUUGCUCGUGGUCUGCUUUAUCUUCAUCAAGAUUCAAGGUUACGUAUUAUUCAUCGUGAUCUUAAAGCAAGCAAUAUUCUCUUGGAUGAUGAAUUAAAUCCUAAGAUAUCAGAUUUUGGCACUGCGAGACUAUUUAAGGCAGAUCAAACUCGAAGCAAUACUAAUAGAAUUGUGGGAACUCGCGGUUAUAUGGCCCCAGAAUAUGUACUGUACGGUCAAUGUUCAGUAAAAUCAGACGUAUAUAGUUUUGGGGUAUUGGUUCUAGAGAUUAUAAGUGGCAAGAUAAACAACUGCACCUUUCAUGUAGAGAAUACACAGCAUCAGCUGGACCUAUUAAGUUUUGUAUGGAAAAAUUGGAAGGAAGGGACGACCUCAAAUAUAGUAGAUCCUGUGAUAAGCAAUGGUUCAAGAAAUGAAAUAAUGAGAUGCAUUCACAUUGCAUUGCUCUGUGUUCAAGAAAAUGCAGCUGAUCGACCAACCAUGGCCUCAGUCUCAUUUAUGCUAAACAGCUUCUCUUCCUCUCUCCCUGUACCUUCAGAACGUCGAUUUCUUGUGAAUUAUAGCAGUUCAUCUGAGACAAUGACUUUGAGGCAUAACUGUUCAGAGGCAACAAGAGCAAGUGAACAAGGAAGAAACUCUAAUCAAUCAUCACGAAAUGAUCUAUCAAUUACGGAGCUAUAUCCUCGCUAGAUUUUUGGUCUUGCAUGUGACGCCAAUCAAAAGCGUUAUACAAGAAAGUAUAUGUUGACAGAUAUAAUAUAUAUUGAUUGUAUUUGUAUUAUAUAAGAAGCUUUAAUCACGAAAUAAGUGAAGUUUCUCACAGUAUUUCUAAAAGUUGUCUUACGAUGGGCAAAGAUUUAUCCUGCCCAUUUCUCCUUAUUUCAACUUCAGAACAUGCAUAUAACUAUACAUGCGUAGAAA